AUGACUUCCCCUUAUCCUCAGACCACCUCCCCGCCACACUGGGAAUCCAGAAACGGCUACGUGCCCCCUCCUCGCUUCCAACAGCUUCGCGCCCAGGAUAGUCUUCAGCAGCUCCAGCUCCAGUAUAACCAGCAGCAGCAGCUACUCCAGCAACAGCAACAGCAGUUUGAGCUGGCUCAGAACCAGCUCCACGCACAGGGCCAGAGUCCGUAUCAGCGCCAAUCUGUUCUCUAUCAGCAUCCACCAUCGCCCUCGAACAAUAACUUUGUUCAACAGGUCCCGAGCGCGCCUCCAACGCCAGAUAUGGCUCACUCUCGGUCUUCGUCGUUUUUUGCGUUCAAUCGUAACAAGCAGUCGGUUGACGGUCAGCCUAAUGUGCACCAAAGACCCAUGUCUACCAUCGGAAAUACUGGCAGUGCCACGAUCCCCACUCAGCAGUAUUUGCCUCCGUCGACAAAUAGUUUCCCCCCUCAAGGCCCGGCACCCGGGCCAUCCAGACAAAGUCAGCCUCCUCCGCAAAAUGUCCCACCUUCUCAAUAUGGUAUACAACAACAGCAACAACUUGCACAACCCCAACCUCAACCUCAACCACAACAUUUACCGCCUCAACAACCACAGCAGCAGCAGCCGUCUAGUCCAAGCUUCUCUGGAGGCCAACCUUCACCCAAUCAAUUCACUCCCCAACCCCCUAUGCCGCAAUCUCCGCCUCCUCCAGCACCGGCACCGCAACAGUCUCAAAGGCCUCAAGCCCAACCACAACAGUCUAAUGCACCGAAUCCAAGUCGCACAUCUAAUGCGUCCCAACCAACCACCCUUGCUCGUUCACCCUCAGUAGGUGGUGCACAGAACAACCCUCAGCCGCCUGCUCCACCUCCAUUGCAUCCAGAGAUUCGAUCGGUUGUUCAACUAUCUAUCGCUCAUGCUCACAAAAUCUAUUUCUCUGGCCCUCUGGUGCGCCGAUUGGAACGUCAGGGUGACGGCCAGAGACCUCACAAAGAUGAAGGCUGGACAGAUGUCUGGGCCCAGCUAGGUGGAACCACUUUGAGUAUCUGGUCCAUGAAAGAGAUUCAAGAAGCCAACAAACAAGGCAAAGAGGUUCCACCUUCAUACAUCAAUGUAACGGAUGCUUUUAUCCAAGUUGUAGGUUCAGUGACUGUGCCAGCCACCCCAACAACGCCUGCAAAGAGGUACAGCAAUGUCUUGACCCUCAAUACUGCAGGAUCAAACCUACUUCUGUUCUCGUGCCCUUCGACUGCUGCUCUAUUGUCAUGGGCGGCCGCUUUACGAUUAUCUGCGUGGGAGAAGUCACGACUCGAGGAAAUUUACACAGCCCAUCUCAUUAGGAUCACGUUGAGCGCAGCACGCGAUAUCCCAACCACUCUUGUCCGAGGGAAAAUGGAAGGAUAUGCUCGUGUCCGCAUCGCCGGCCAAACUGACUGGAAACGUGUUUGGCUUGUGGUGCAAGAAGGAACAGAAGGUAGUGGGAAGGUUGAAGGCGCUGAGCAGGGCGCGAUCAGUGGUCCUCCUCAAGGGACGCUGGUAAAAAAGAAGCGGAUGUCUAAUCUGUUUUCAAGAGAUAGCAACCCUUCAAACUCUACCAUACCCACGAAAGCCAUGAUAUCAAUGUUCCCGGGGCCAAAACCCAAGGAUCGUAAAAAGGCGCUUAUGACUGUAUUCAAUGUUACCCAGGCUUUUGGCGUAUACCCUGAACGUCCCGAGCUUAUCAAUCGAAGCACUCUUAUGAAGGUUGAAGGUACUUUUGGAGAUGAUGAUAUGGCUGGCUCACUUCGAACGAGAGAGGGGUGGGUGCUAAUUAUGCCUGAGUUGGAAAAUGGCGUUGGCCAAGCAGCGGAAAUGCUGAAAUGGAUUGUUGGCCUUCAUGAUGCCUUUGAGCUUUAUGGAAGGCCGGAGGCGUGGACAUGGGAUCCUCGCGACCCUGUAUCUCUAAUGUUUGGUUAUCCAGUAGGAGCUCAGAAGGAGAACCUAUUCCUCGACAGGGAAUUGGUGGAAAAUAUGGACCCUCGGGAUGAUCGUACUUCAGUUAUCAGAGCUGAAAUGAAAAAAUUGUUGCAGGCAAAUCUGAGACCUGCUGUUCAAGUUGUCCAGCCAAACCCGCGAGCCAUGACUGAAUCGCCUCCAAUAAUGCCCUCUGUUGGUAGCGCAACUGCCGUAGCAAAGAGCGCCUCUCCUCCCCCCCAACAAGCUCCUAAUGCUGGACCUCAGCUUCCUCCUCUAAGUUUUGGAGCAAAUACUUCCACAAAUACGACGGAGUCUCGUGAACGAACUUUGACGCCCAUUACUGAAAGGAGCAACAGUAAUAUGACCACUACUCGUACACUCUCUUUGGAUGUACCGUCGGGCCUGAACACCGGGCAUUCUCCAAUCACAUCCUCGCCUCUAAACGAUCAAUCAUUACAACUUGGCGGAAUUACAGAGUCGAGUAGCUCCGGUUCAAACAAUCUGCCCAAUCCCGUUAAUAAUGCAUCUAUCAAAUCUCCGGACUCCAGUGAACAAAUAGCUCAGAGUUCGCAGCCUACAAGUUCGUCGGGUUUGAAUCAGCAGGGGCAAACGGUUUCAGCAAGUCCAUCAACCAACACAAUGAGCACUCAAUUUUCAUCUGCUGUCGGGACGCUUCCUUCUGUUGAUAGUGUUGCAGAUAACAGCCUGUCCUCUCUUGCGACGUCUGCCCCUGUCGAUUCUCCGAGGCCGCCAGCCAACGUAGGUUUCGACGCCCAUGCUCGUAGCCCUCCUGCAAGUCCCCUGCCCAAUUUCAGUUCAACGAUAGGCAAAGUACAGCAGCCCCUUUCACCCACCUCGCUUGACGAAGCUCGGGCGAAAUCUCAGGCAAUGAACCGCCAGGCUGAUGGUCCCCGUACAUCCCCUCAACCAUCUGGAAAUACGGCCCAUUUACGCACAACGUCGCCUAGUAAUCAGCAAGAACAUCAACGUCAGUCGUUUGCGGCUAAUGCUACACGUUCAUCGCCUACAGAUGAACCUAAUGACUUCAUCAACGAGGCAGGAGCGCUCUAUUACAUGCGGGAAUCUGGUGUCGGAAACUCCGGCAAUGUACAGCAACGCGAACGGCAGCAAGAGGACUUGGACGAGGAUGAAUCAUCGUCGUCAUCCGACUCACUUGCUAAUAAAGCCACCGCUGCGAAGCCGUCACAAAGUCAACAACAAAUCGGUGAUGGUACUUCUGCCGCGCGCAGUCCGACGACUUUUGUACACGCCAACACUGUGACGCCCUCUGCGUCAUCGCCCAAGAUGAGCCAUACCGCGCCGAUGUCGCCAAUCGGUCGGCUAAGCCCGUCUCGGUCUAACUUGGGACGGAAACCAUCAGGCGCACGUGCACAGGCAGUCGGUCGAUCAUACAAUCGCGCGGAAAGUAUUUCUUCCCAGACGGUCACAGAGACUGACGAAAGCAUGUCAAAGCACCAGAAACAGGAGAGCAACACAUCCGAUCUGGCUUACGAUGAUGCGAACGGAGAGGCACUGGCGGCCUUAACGUAUCUGGACAUCGCGGAUUCUCAGGACAUUGCGGCUGCUACGUCGACCGUCGCGCCCCUUACGCCGCCCCUGCCGAAAGUCGAACCCCUUAACCUGCGUGGUGCAGACCGUAACUCUGCGACAUCUCCUUUACCAGGGACACAGUCGGGAGAGGCAGUGCCUUACAAGUCAUCCUUUGCACCAUCGAACAAGGCCGCGGAGAGAAAACUCAAGGCGCAAGCCCAGCAGGCUGCACAACACGCGGCUACGCAUAAACCCGGAAGGGCAAAUGGCAAAAGAAAGUCAAAAACAGCUGGUGCUUGGGAGAGCAGUGAUGAAGAAGAAGAGGAGGAAGAGGAAGAGGACGACGAUGAUGAUGAUGUCGACUCGGAUUCUCAACAACGUCGGGGGCCGCAGAGCAGCUCUUCCCAGAGUCAGGGCAUGUCAUCAUCGUCUAACUCGUUGAGGCCACUGCAGACUCAGGGCCAGGGUCCAGUCGGGCAGCAGCACGAGUAUCAAGAUAGUCCACAAACACCGUCACACCUUCGGCCUGCCAGGAAUUUGCCCCAGAUACCUGGAAAUAGGAUGACUGGUGACAAUUUCCAUCAUCCUCAACCACAAGCUGCGCCGCGCAGGUUGAUUUCAGAUCAAUAUACCGGCGAUGGCAGUCGCCGUACAUUCUAUGAUGACGGAACACCAAUACGGACCCAAGCAGAGUUUCCUCAGCCAGGUGCUGCCCGGCAGACCGUCUGGAGUCAAGUUUUGGAUCCUGGUCAUGCUCCAGGUCGCGUUCCUCAACCUGAGCAGGCUGCUCCUGUUCGAGACACGUUUGUACAGCUGGAGCCUUCAGAAACGAUGACCAAAGCUUUCACCCCUCAAGGUCUCCUUUCAGCUGGAUUACAAGACAAAGAAGAUCGGUCAGCAAGGCGACAAGAGGAACUUGCCCGAGAGAGCGGCGCUUCUCUUAUCAAUGUGCCGAACAAGCCACCUCCUCCUCAGACUGGUCUUCUUGGCGCGAUCACUGCCCAUGAACGGGAACGAAAACGUGAAGGUGGUGUCGGUGCCGCGUUGACUGAAAGAGAACGUGAAAAACGUCUUGCAGAAGAGCGACAGCGACGGUUCGACGACCAUCAGCGCCAGCAAUUGGACCAGAUGCAACAGGGGGGUUCUAUGUAUGGUGGUCAGUUCGGUUUUAAUCCCAUGAUGGCCAACCCAAUGAUGAUGGGUAUGAACCCAAUGAUGGCCAUGAAUCCCAUGAUGACUGGCAAUGCUAUGAAUCCUAUGAUGACGGGAGCAGGAGGUAUGGGCCAGAUGAAUCCGAUGAUGACUGGACAAAUGGGAUUCCCAGGGAUGAUGGGUGGCUUCAAUCCACACUUGUUCGCUGCUCAACAGGCUGCUCAGGCAUACCAACAAGCUAUGAUGGCGUUUUCUGUUGCAGGUUCACAGAUCGGCGGUGAUGGUGGAGGAGCAACGGGUGCAGGUGCGGGCGCGGGCACUGGCUCUGCGCAGAUAACCCCAAAUAUGACGGGCAUGAACCCCGCUAUGGGUGCGGGGUCUAUGGCAGGAUUUGAUCCCCGUAUGUCAAUGAUGGGUAUGCCUAUGAUGGGUAUGGGUAUGGGUAUGAACAUGGGCAUGGGCGCUCCUUCAAUGUCGCCUAUGGGUAUGCAAGCUACAGGCAUGUCGAGUUUCGACGCGAGGUCAUCUCCAGGUAUCGCCAAUAACAAUACUGGAAAUUCGAACGACGGCGGUUUGCUGCCUCCUCAAUUCUCGUCGCGCACCAGCUCCCCAGCUAGUAGAGGUUCUCCUUUGGCACGUGGAGGGCCUGAGACGGCGGACCGUGGCCGCCCAUCUCGUCCAACAAGCCCGAAGUAA